AUGUCCCAUGAAGGAGGUAUUAUUUGUGCUGGUACAAUUGUUAUCGAUUAUGUUAUAAUUGUUGAUCAAUGGCCAUUGGAAAAUUCUUUAUCAAAUAUUUAUCGUGAAACUAAAAGUGGUGGUGGUGGUCCAUUCAAUAUUCUCAAAGAUUUACAUUCCAUGGACGUAAAUUUACCAUUAUCUAUUGUUGGUUUAUUAGGUAAUGAUGAUAAUGGACAAUGGUUAAUUGAUGAUUGUAAAAAAUCUAAUAUUGAUAUUAAUCAAUUACAUAAAACUAAAGAUAAUACACCAACAUCAUAUACAUAUGUAAUAAGUGUUGAAUCAACUGGUCGACGAACAUUUUUUAAUCAACGUGGUACUAAUGCAUUAUUUAGUGAUAUUCAUUUUGAUUUUAAUUAUUUAGUUAAUAAAAAACAUUAUAAUUUAUUUUAUCUUGGUUAUUUAACAAUACUUAAUCAAUUAGAUCGUAUUAUUGAUAAUGAAACAAUUGCAGGAAAAGUACUUAAACAAGCAAAAGAAUAUGGUUUAGAAACAAUAGUUGAUUUUGUUAGUGCACAAAAUGUAUUAUAUACAAAAAUUGCAGCAUUAACAUUACCUUAUGUUGAUCAUUUAAUUAUUAAUGAAAUUGAAUUAGGAUAUAUUCUUGAUCAAACAUUACAACAAGCAACUAUUGCACAAAUUGAACAAGCUGCAAGAAUAUUAAUUGAAAAAUAUCAUGUACAACGUACAGUAACAAUUCAUUUUGAUUGUGGUACUGUUUGUAUUAGUCGAGAAAAUAAUCAAAGAUUAGAAUGUUUUAUACAAGGUUCACUUUAUCUUCCUAAAGGAUUUAUUAAAGGUGCUGUAGGAGCUGGUGAUGCUUUUGCAGCUGGUAUUAUUUAUGGUAUUUAUAAAAAAUGGCCUAUACAAGAAAGAUUAUCUUGUGCUGUUUGUGUUGCUGCAAUGUGUUUAAAUGAUGAAACACCUUAUGCUGGUGUGAAAAAUAUUGAAGAAUGUAUGAAAUUAAAAGAAAUAUAUCAAUUUAGAAUUUUAGAUGCAACAUCAUGUAUUAAUGAUAUUAAAUAA